UUAAAAUAAAAAGACUUUGGAACAGUCUUUCGGAAGAUCUGGUGAUGAUAAUCAUCAUCAUCAUCUUAGAACCGCAGAGCUGGAAGGGGCCCUGGGAAUCAUCGAUUCCAGCCUUCUUGAUGACGAUGAUUUUCCUAGAAAAGUUGUAUGUGGUGAAGUAGUCUGAAGUGAUAUACUUAAAAUAGUCCGUUCCGGCUUAAGGGCAUAGAACAAAACACUAUUUGUGGUGCCUUAAAUCUAAUAUAACCCGUUUCUUGCCGGGGAGAAAAGCAUCGCGGCAAAGCACUGUCCCGGCUGACCCUCUGAAAGGUUCAAUAAGAUCCGCCCGUCGUUGCUCGUAGCAACCGUUUGUUGGCCGGAACUCUUCUUGCUAGCGCCGGGUGACCGGGGACGGCUUUGGCGGUUACUCCAGGAAGCGGUGGGAGUGGAGACGUGUCUUUGGUGGGGUGGCGCUGAGCUGAGUGGUCUCCGUGAUCGGCUUCGGUGAGUUUGUCCCGACUUGAGCCGUCGAUUCGGAAGCCGGCCAUGGCUGCCUCGGCGAAGCGGGUGGAGCAGCUGCAGCGCCGUAUCCAAGAACUGGAGGAAGAGCUUGCGCGGGAGAGGGGCGGCGGCCAGGGCCAGCGAGCGCGGAUCGAGCAGAUGAGCCCGGAGGUGACGGACUCCAAUCCGUACAGUCGCCUGAUGGCACUGAAAAGAAUGGGAAUUGUGAAAGAUUAUGAGAAAAUCCGCUCCUUUGCAGUAGCUGUGGUGGGUGUUGGCGGAGUUGGCAGUGUGACGGCCGAGAUGCUGACAAGAUGUGGCAUUGGUAAGCUGCUCCUGUUUGAUUAUGAUAAAGUGGAACUGGCAAAUAUGAACCGACUCUUUUUCCAGCCUCAUCAAGCUGGACUGAGUAAAGUUCACGCAGCAGAGCAUACUUUGAGGAACAUAAAUCCUGAUGUCCAGUUUGAAGUACAUAAUUAUAACAUCACAACUAUGAACAACUUUCAACAUUUUAUGGAUAGGAUCAGCAAAGGUGGGUUAGAAGAAGGAAAACCUGUUGAUCUGGUAUUGAGCUGUGUGGAUAACUUUGAAGCUCGCAUGGCAAUCAACACAGCGUGUAAUGAGCUUGGACAAAUAUGGAUGGAAUCUGGAGUGAGUGAAAACGCUGUUUCUGGCCAUAUCCAGUUGAUCAUACCUGGUGAAUCAGCCUGUUUUGCGUGUGCACCUCCACUUGUCGUGGCAGCAAACAUAGAUGAAAAAACCUUGAAACGAGAGGGGGUUUGUGCAGCUAGCCUUCCCACAACCAUGGGGGUGGUCGCUGGUCUCCUUGUGCAAAAUGUUCUGAAAUAUUUAUUAAACUUCGGCACAGUGAGCUUUUACCUGGGUUACAAUGCCAUGCAAGAUUUCUUUCCCACCAUGACAAUGAAGCCAAAUCCACAGUGUGGUGACAGAAACUGCAGGAAGCAGCAAGAGGAGUUCAAGAAAAAAGAAGCAGCAAGUCCUAAACAAGAAGUAUUUGAACAACAAGAAGAAAUAGUACAUGAAGAUAAUGAUUGGGGUAUAGAGUUGGUUUCUGAGAUUUCAGAAGAGGAGUUGAAAGCUGCCUCUGGUCCACUUCCUGAUCUUCCAGAAGGGAUUGCAUUGGCCUACACAUUACCAAACAAGGAAGAGAACACUAUAGAUGGAGCAACUGUUCAAGAGUCAGAGGAAAGUCUAGAAGAACUUAUCGCUAAGAUGAAGAGCAUAUAGCACAAAGAUUGCUUCAACCAUACUGUAACUUGAACACUUGAAUUUAUUUUGUAACCACUUUGGUCUUUCUUCUGAUUAAUUAUGUGACCUAAUUGCAAUGGGUAUGAGGAUCCAUGUUUUAAUUGAGAAUUAAAGGAAGCUACUGAAAAAACUAUUGGUAUACAACACAUAAUGCCAACUGCCCUUUUUUGCCCACUCCAAAUAACGAUACAUUUAGUAUUGGUAAACAGGUUGUUGUUAGUGUAGUAGUAUAAGAAAAAUUAGAUAUAAAGUUAAAACAAAAAUUUAUUGGCUACUUAAAGCUAUAUUGUUUAGAUAAAUGAAAUGUUUAAUAAUUGCUUUACCAUUUUUGUUUACUUUGAGUAGCUUUUUUUUAACCUGGAUCCCUCUAACUGCUUUGGCAUGUAUGAAACACCCAUCUGCCUUAGGCAGCUUGGCCAAUGGCAUGAUGGAAACUGUGGACCAAAACAGAGAGGAUUACAUUAGGGAAGACUGAUGUGGUGUCGCUGUUAGUGCAGAAACCUCUGAGAGUCUAUGCUUCGAUCUUGAGCACUCCCUUUGCCCACUGUCAUGUUAGGAGCAUGUUAUAAUUCUUAACUUAUUACGUAGAAACCAGGAACAAUUAUUUUAGUUAACUGAAUUGUUAAAUUUACCAGAAUCAAUGCAUGAUCUGAAGUCAGGUAGCUGACUGGAUAGUAUUGAACCAGGAAUUAUGGUUUAUACAUAGCUACAAACCAGAAGAUGGGCAAAAUGAAGUUGGAUUGCGGUGUAUUCUUUCUCAUUGGCAGCAAGAAAGGAAAGGACCCUAAGGCUUUGCUAAGACUUGUACAUAUUACACUGAAUUACAGCUUGGUUUUUAUGUGUGAGCCAGGCCCUUGGCAUUCUGUAACACAAAACAUGUGCCUGUUACUUCUCCAUACACUUAAAUGGAUAUACUUCUGUUAUUUUCAGCAUCCCAUUUUACAUAUAUGGUAAAAUAUGCAUGUUUGAAACAGUACUUCAGUGGGGAAAAAUUAAACAGAUUUACAAAAACAGUUUGGGAAGUUUGAUAUUUCAGUGUGAAGUCACAGUUAACUGGUAUAAAUGCUCUGGUCCUAAAAUGAACUGUAAAAUACCCUGCUAUCUCAAUGAAUUUUUACAGCACUAUUGUUUGUGUCUUCUGUGAGUUUAAGCUGGGAUGACAGUUUUACUUUGAAAUAAACUUUAAUUAGAGAGCGCAGUUCUCACUUGAUUAAUGAAAAUGCAAAUAUUUUAAUAAAAAUCUUCUCGACUUGCA